AUGGGAUAUGUGGAAAAUACUAUAAUAGGUACAAGAACAACGAUUACAAUCAAUACUAGAGUAAAAGAAAAUCCUGGUGAAUUUCGCAUUGACAAUGGAAUUUUAUUUUGUAAUUUUUGUGACCAUUCUGUUGAUUGGAUACGAAAGUCAACGGUUGAUGACCACCUUAAUAGUAAAACACAUAAAGCUAAGAAAAAUCUGUAUGAAAAUAAACAACGUCAACUUCAACAAACACUUGUUACCUCUCUUGCUUCUUCUGAGUCUAAAAAAAUUAUAAUUCACGAUUUAAUUGAAGCCUUUGCUAUAGCAGAUAUCCCUUUAGAAAAGUUGAUUCGUUACUUAAUUUUUUUUAGAAAACAUUGUAAAGAAGGUGGCGCUAUUCCACAAGCAGCAACGUUACGUCAACU